CAAAAGUGAGGUUAUGUCGAUGUGAAAAGGUUUGGCAACAAUGGGAAUCACCGGACUUAUUCCCUUCCUAGAGAAGUCAUCGCGCCCCCUAAGCUUGCGCGAGAUACGCAAUACAACAGUGGCUGUGGACACAUACUGCCUCCUGCACAAAGGAACUUACGCGUGUGCUGAGAAACUAGCUCGAGAUGAGGAGACAACAGUUCACAUCCAGUACGUAAUGAAGUACGUUCGGAUGCUGCUGCAGUACAAGAUUAAGCCAAUUAUGGUCUUCGACGGGAGGCAUCUGCCUGCAAAGGCACUCACAGAGACACGGAGACGCGAAUCCCGGAAACAGGCACGAGUCCUUGCUGGGAAUCUUCUGCGUGCUGGAAAAGUCGAUGAAGCACGGAGUCAGUUCCGUCGAUGUGUGGACAUUACGCACGAUAUGGCACUACAAGUGAUAAGGGAGUGUAGAAAGCUGGGUGUGGAUUCCAUUGUGGCUCCGUAUGAGGCUGAUGCGCAGCUGGCAUUCUUCAAUCUAUCCGGAAUAGCUGAUUACGUUGUGACAGAAGAUUCAGAUUUGCUCCUCUUCGGCUGCUCCCGGGUGCUCUUUAAGCUCGAUCUAGCUGGCAAUGGAUUGCUCGUGGAUGCUAGCAAAAUCCACAUCUCCAUGGGAUGCCGGCUGGAGAAGUAUACGUUUGACAAGUUCCGGAAUAUGUGUAUUCUGUCGGGAUGUGACUACCUGGAUUCCCUUCCGGGCAUUGGAUUGGCUAAAGCUUGCAAAUUCUUCCUUCUCACCGAAGAGACGGAUCUCAGGCGAGCACUUCCGCGUGUUCCUUCGUACUUGAAGAUGAAGAAUCUGACUGUUCCUCCGGAAUACAUUGAGGAUUUCAUUGCUGCUGCUGCGACGUUCAAGCAUAUGUGGGUAUUUGAUCCCACCACCAGGCAAAUGGUUCGCCUCACGGAUCCAGAAGACACUGCCAUGGAAUCCCUGAAGAAUGCUGGUGAGAAGUUGGAUGAGAAAACCGCCUUCCAACUGGCUCUGGGGAAUUUGGAUCCCUUCACAUUGAAACCAGUGGACAACUGGGAUCCAGAUGCUGAAGAUUUAGGGAAGAAUUUCAGUAUCUGGCGCAAGAAAUUUGUCUUCCCGUCGCCAAAACGAAAACCCCGCAAUGUUGAGAUUCUCAAGGCUAAGAAUCACUUCCUCGGGGAUGAGAAGCAUCCUGUAGAUUUGGCCACAAUCUACCUAACUGAUGAGACAAUGGAGAAAUCUCCAGCAAAGAGUCCUGAGAAAUCACCCUUAAAACAAAUUUUCUCACCACCACAGGAGCUAUUGAAACGAAAUCCCUUCCGGAAGAGCCUGGAAAAUUCCUCAGAAGCUCCUCCUGAAAGUAUGGAAGUGUCAAUUUCACCUUCCUACGUGUCCAGUGUGGCCAAGGCAUCGAGUUCUGAUUCAGAAUCAGGACAGGAAGCAUCCCAGGGCCCGCGGAAGUUGAGUAAAUUCUGCCGAACUGUUCUCAAUCAACAACAAAACGUUGUGAGUCGCUUUUGGGGCACUCAAGCCAGUCAGGAUGGUCAGAAUAGCACCCAGGAUACUGAAAUUCGGUGUAGGAAUGAGAAAACCCCCAAAAAGUCUCCUAUGGCGCCACAUCUCCGUGAGAUUUAUGGCGAAGAAGCCAUUGCAUCAGCUGUGAAGCAGAAUCUCUUAUUAUUGUUUGAGAAUGAUGAAAAUUGCCAACAACUUCCGGAAGUAGCCAAGUCUCCGGAAGCUAUAAAAUCUCCACCACGGAAGCAACCACGAGUGGAAGUGGCAAAAUGCCGUGCAUCUGGACUACGGAAGCCCCAGCAGAGCACCCCAAAAGGUGAAUCAAAGAAGAUGGUCCAGAGUACGUUGAGUAAAUUUGGUUUUCACCGGAAGUAGUUGAGAUGACAAUGUGAAUUUAAUGUGGAAGAACAUUCAUGCAAUUAAAUACAAUUUUAACACACUUUGGUGGUGCACUCA